UUCUGAAAUAAACAUGACAGAUACGCGCAGCGCAGAGAGCCUGUGGUCCGCUGCUGACGUCUGGAUCAAGAAACCACAUGUAGUAAACAAGAGACUGUGUGGCGUAACAGAGACAGAGUACAGGGACGUGGACACUGCGGAAUUAAAUCAGGUUUUAUCUUGUCUUCUGGGGACCAAUAUUGAGAUGACUGAUAUUUAUGUGUUUCUUCACGCUGAUGUUGUGGUUGAGGAGCAUGAAACUGCAGGACGCUGGUGUGUUGGAGUAAGAACUAUUAUUCCCAAAGUGAAUAAGACCGGAGACUGUCGGUACAAAGACGUUGUCAUUAAAGAUAUGGUUGGAAAUGCAGUGACAUUUAUCCCUUUUGAAGUGAAUGGUGUGGGACAGGUUACUCUCAAGAGCAGUAAUAUUUAUCAAAUCCAACUGCAGUUGAAGCCAGAUGAAUGGUGAGUAUACUUGGAUGGAA